AACAAGGACAUCCAUCUCGCCAUCGACAACGACCAAAGCAAAGUCGACAACAACAUCACUGUACCUCUGCCACGUUACCUGAGGACCAAGGAAGUCGCUGUUGCUCGCAUCUGGCCUCAGCCGCUCGUCGCUGUACCCCACCCAGCACCCUCAACAAAAUCAACAAACACCUUCCCUUCCCCCGAUGCAGUGCCUAGACGCCCGCCUGGCUUCGUUCCAGGUGGUAACAAAGCCCAAGAAGAGCGCAAAGCCCGGGUUUCCACUCAACGAGGACACGCACCCGCGCCUCACGCCCGAGCUGCUCGCUCGCGCAGGCUUCUACCAUGCUCCCGGCAAAGCAGCCGACACGCACGACACGUGCAAGUGCUUCAUGUGCGACCUCGAGCUCGGCGGCUGGGACGAGGACGACGACCCGUUCGUCGAGCACCUCAAGCGUGAGGGUAGCUGUGGUUGGAAGGAGAUCGUCUGCCGGAUAGAAGUCGAUGAGGUUUCGGGGGAGGGGCGGGGAAGGUUAGUCUACGACACGCUGGACGCCCUGCCCAACUCGACCAAGAACACGGCUUUCCGCGAGAAGACGUUUGGUGACUGGUGGCCGCACAAGGUUCCGUCGGCGCGCUCGCUCGCCGAAGCCGGGUUCAUCUCCACGCCAUCGGCGACCGCCGACGAUCUCACAGCGUGCCCUUGGUGCGGAUAUGAGGUCGAGGCGUGGGAGGACGGCGAUGACCCAUUCCAAGUGCAUCACAACAGGACGCCAGACUGCCCCUUCUUCAACGCGACUGUCGAGGGACCGAAGAAGGGUAAAGGAAGGGCGACCAAGUCGACCGCCGCGCCGAAGAAGGUCGGCCGCGCCACGAAGGUGCCCACUCCCGAACCUGAGGCUAUCGACGUCGAGGAGCCCGCGCCUGCCCCCAAGCGCCGUGGACGUCCACCAAAGGCGUCCAACGCUUCGUCCUUAGCAGCCUCUACGAGCGGCAAGGAGCCCGAGGCUGAGGACAUCGAAGUUGAGGAGCCUGCCCCCGCGCCAAAGCGCCGUGGACGCCCGCCCAAGGCGUCCACCGCUUCUGCAUCCUUAGCGGCGUCUACACGAGGCAAGGCAAGCGACGUGCAAGAGGACGAGCCCGAGGCCAUCGAGGUUGAGGAACCGGCGCCGGCACCGAAACGCCGCGGGCGUCCACCCAAGGCCUCUACAGCCGCAUCGUUAGCGGCGUCCACGACCAAGGCUCCCGCCAAGGGCCGCGGCAAGGCCUCUGUUGCUAAUGCCGACGACAUCGAGGUCGACAGCCAGCCUGAGCCGGUGAAGAAGACGCGGGCGAAGCGCGCUACCACGAGCAAGUCUGCGGCUUCUGCUGCUGCCUCGCCUGUCAAGCCGAUCGCAGUCGAUGACGACCUUGAGCUUCCCACAGAGGCCGAGGUAGAGGCUGCCCUGGCGUCCAAGCCCAAGGGCAAGGGACGGGCAAAGAAGUCGACUGCCGUCGUCGAGCCAGAGGAUGUUGCGCCGACCGAGCCGCCACGCGCGACGAAGCCCCUUCCACGCAAGUCGAGGGUGACGAAGAAGGCCGAGGCGGAAGCCUCCGUAGAGCCUGUUUCCGAGCCGGCGCCCAGCCGUAUUCCGGCCCCUACACGGACGCCACGCUCAGCCCCCGCUGCUCCUCCACUCUCGCAGCUCGAGAGGUUUGUCAACACGGCUUUGCCGCCUACGCCUCCGCCCAAGUCGGCGGCUCGGACACAGCAGCCACCAGCGCCUUCGCCGAGUGCGCGGCAAGCACUCGAGUCGAUUGUGACUGGCGAGCCGGCCUCUGCCGCGCCAGCCGGUCCCACACCAACACCCGGCUUUUCCGAGGCGGACAAGAAGAAAACUGUUGAGGAGUUUAUCCGCGAUCAGUUUACGGCGCAACACGCCAUGAUGAAGGAGGAAGGGGAGGCUGCGAUCGGCAGGUUUCAGGACAAGGCCCGGGACACACGGCGCAAGAUUGAGUUGUCGUAA